UGGCCGGCUCCUCCCAUCCUGGCUUCCCGGCCGCGCGAGACGGUGACACCGACCAGGCCGCGAGAGGAGCCGGGGCCUCGAUUAGCCGCGCCGGCCGGGGGGCGUGACGUAAAGCCCGGCUUGGCUGCCCAGCCUCCCUUCCUACCUCCCGCUCGCUCCUUCCGCUCGGAGAUUUGAGGCAGCGGCGACGACUAGGCCGCCAGCGCAGCCGGGGACUCGAGUACCUGCAGUAACCGGGGGGCAUGAGGUAAAACCCGGACUGUAUGCCGAGCCUUUCCCGCUCGCUUCGCGGUGUAUGAUCCUCACAUUCAGGCCGCAGAUGAAGCCGUGGACUGGAGUAGCUGCCGUGAGGUAAAACCCGGCUUGGCUGCCGCGUCCUUCCCGCUCGCGUCUCCUCAGCGGUUACACAGAAACUAACGAGUUGGGCCAGAAACGAAGCCGGGGACUCGCGUGGCCGUGGCAGCCGGCAACAGUCUCACUCCAGAAGCGAGAGUUAGGCCGCAAAGGAAGCCGGGGAUUCGCAUAGCCGUGCUAGCCGAGGAGGGUGAGCCCAAACCCGGCUUGUCUCCAAGAGCCGUCCCGCUUCGUCAAAAAAAUUUUCUGCCUUUGUUUUAUUUCCAUCUCGUCACCGUUUUGUUCCUUUCCUCAUCCGUGAUGACUUAUUAUAAGGGAAUGACGACUGUAGGAGCUGAGUAGUGGUGGCGACUAGGCCGCGAGUGAAGCCAGGGACUCGCGUAGCCGCACUGGCCGGGGACGGCGACUCCAGUGGCGGCCGGUCCUCCCACUCCAGGCCGGUGCUUUUGGGCCCGACAACCACCUUUUGGACAGCAGCGUUUCCUCUCCAGUGGCGCCUCCAUGUGGCUCCAGCAGCGGCUGAAGGGCCUCCCGGGGCUGCUGUCGAGCAGCUGGGCCCGGCGCUUGGUGGCCUUCCUGGCCUUCCUGUGUGUGGCCUAUUGGUACCUCGGAGGGGCCUUGCCUGGGCUUUGGGCCUGGAGGCCUGGGCAGCCAACGGGGCCAGGCCUUUGCUUGCAGGCCGAAACCCGCCAUUGGCUUGCGAUGAAGGAGCGCGGCGAGGCCUAUCUCCUCCCGCCGGACAGCCAAACCCAUUUGCCGCCAUCUUUGGUAGGCAACGGCUACAUCGUACUGGACGUUGGCUCUAACCGGCUCUGGCUGACCGCUCCGGCGUCCGGAAACGGCCCGUCACCCACGGCGGCGGCUCCCGUUGACGUCCAAGCUUUGGCUCGACUCCGUUUCGUCGGCAACACCGCAAACGAAGCUCAAUCAACCGCCGUUGUGUUCCGAGAUGGCUCCGUCCGGUCGGUGCGUUGCUUCGCGAACGGUCAAGCUUGCAUCACCAUCCGGGAAGAGGUCCUCGCGCACCGCAGCCGGCCACAUUUGUACGUCCAGCGCUUGACCAUCGUCAACCCUACUGACCACUGGGCUUCUUUCGAGGUGUCCGGCCUCAACAGCGCCGCCGAGGAGCAACGCAGUGACCGCCGGGUCUUGGGGUCCUCCGGCCGGGCCGUCUCACCGUCCGGAACGGCCUUCUUCUUUGCCAUGGCCACAGCCGCCAAGGCGCUGUCCAGCCGUGUCCAAGUGGGGCCCAAGGCCACGCUGGAGGAAACGCUGCUGACCGUUGUGGUCCGGAGCGCGGUCGAGGCCGGGCGGUCCGAGAAGGAGGCCCUGGCCAAGCUGCGAGAGGCUGCCCGCAAGGAGCUGGACGAGGCCCUGCGCCUCCCCACCGAGGACCUGCUGCAGGAGCAUCGGCGUGCCUGGGCCGACCUCUUCGUCUCUGGUGUGGAGGUGCGGAAGGUGAUGGACGCGCACACCCCUGCGGGCGACACGGUCAACCUGACGCUGUACUACGUGCUGUCCACGUCCCCGGCCCCGCUGCUGGACCCCUCGGUGGGGUCCGAGGAGCGGGAGCGGAUGGAGGCGUCGCUGGGCUACGCGGACCCCUGCUUCAGCGGCCAUGCCACCAUGCACGCAGGGCCGCUCUGGCCGGGACCGCUCUCCUCGGUGGCGCAGGUGUUGCAGCUGACCGGCCUGUGGCGGCUGACCCUCCAGAAGCGGGGCUGCAAGGGCCUGGUGGCGGCUGGGGCCCACGGCGUGGUGCAGGGCAUGGUGCUGAGCUUCGGCGGGCUCCAGUUCACCGAGAACCACUUGCAGUUCCAGGCCGACCCGAAUGUGCUGCGCAACAGCUACGCCUUGCGCGGGAUCCGCUACAACAAGGACCUGAUCAACCUGGCCGUGCGGCUGGACGCGGAGGGGAAGCCCUUCCUUCACGCGGCGGUCGAGGUGCAGGAGAAGCCCGUGCGGCUGUACGCCUGCGAGGGGGGCUGCGCCAACGACCCCGUGGAGCUGACCUCCCAGCCGCACGGGCACACCUUCCCCGUCAUGGUCACCCGGCCCAUCACCCCGCUGCUCUACAUCUCCACCGACCUGGUGCACCUCCAGGACCUGCGCCACACGCUGCACCUCAAGGCCAUCCUGGCCCACGAGGAGCACAUGGCCCAGCAGGACCCGGGCCUGCCCUUCCUCUUCUGGUUCAGCAUCGCCUCCCUCAUCACCCUCUUCCACCUCUUCCUUUUCAAGCUCAUCUACAACGAGUACUGUGGGCCCGGGGCCAAGCCGCUCUUCCGGAGCAAAGUCUAGAGCCCUCUCGGACCUCCGGAAGCAGUGUUCCUUGCUUUGGAAUCAAUAGACUGUGGGUUUGGGGAACAGCCACUGUUCUAUAGCAAGGUCUAGAACCCGUUCAGAGCCCUCUUCCCUUGGAAUCGAUGGACUGUGGGUCCGGGGUCAAGAUGCUGUCCUGGAGCAAAGUCUAGAGCCCUCUCGGAGCCCCUUGCUUUGGAAUUGAUGCACUGCUGGUCUGGGGCCAAGCUGCUCUUCCGGAGCCAAGUCUAGAACCCGCUCAGAGCCCCGGAAGCAGUGUCCCUUUCUUUGGAAUCAAUAGACGGGGUUUGGGGAACAGCCGCUGUUCCAAAGCAAAGUCUAGAACCCUUUCAGAGCCCCAGAAGUGCCCCUUGCUUUGGAAUUGAUGCACUGGUCUGGGGCCAAGCUGCUCUUCUGGAGCAAAGUCUAGAACCCGCUUGGAGCCCCAGAAGCAGCGUCCCGUUCUUUGGAAUCAAUAGACUGUGGGUUUGGGGAACAGCCGCUGUUCCAAAGCAAAGUCUAGAGCCCUCUCGGAGCCCCUUGCUUUGGAAUUGAUGCACUGCUGAUCUGGAACCAAGCUGCUCUUCUGGAGCAAAGUCUAGAACCCCCUUGGAGCCCCAGAAGUGCCCCUUGCUUUGGAAUUGAUGCACUGCUGAUCUGGAACCAAGCUCCUCUUCUGGAGCAAAGUCUAGAACCCACUUGGAGCCCCGGAAGCAGCGUCCCUUUCUUUGGAAUCAAUAGACUGUGGGUUUGGGGAACAGCCGCUGUUCCAAAGCAAAAUCUAGAACCCUCUUGGGGCCCCAGAAGUGCCCCUUGCUUUGGAAUUGAUGUACUGCUAGUCUGGGAACAGCUGCUGUUCCAAAGCAAAGUCUAGAACCCAUUCAGAGCCCUGGAAGCAGUGCCUCUUCCCUUGGAAUCGAUGGACUGUGAGCCCAGGGCUAAGCUGCUAUUCCGGAGCAAUGUCUAGAACCUGUUCAGAGCCCCAUAGGCAGCGUCCCUUCCUUUGGAAUUGAUGUAUUGUGGGUCUGGAGCCAAACUGCUAUUCUGGAGCAAAGUCUAGAUCCCCUUCAAAGCCCUGGAAGCAGCAUCCUUCCUUUGAAAUUUAUAGAAUUUCAAGGGAAGAGUAGAACUAAAUUGUAAUUCAUCUUGUUGGGAUCUUCCCUUUGUUCUGGAGCAAAGUCUAGAGCCCUUUCUGAGCCCUGGAAGCAGUGUCCCUUCCUUUAGAAUUGCAACACUGUAGGUCUGAACCCCUAAUCUGGAGCAAAGUCUAGAACCCAUUCAGAGUCCCAGAAGUAGCGCCUCUUUCCUUGGAAUUGAUAGGCAACUACAGGAGUAGCCCCAAAUUAGAAUACAUAUUUCUGGGAUUUUCCCCUUUAUUCUGGAGCAAAGUCUAGAACCCUUUUGGAGGCCUGAAAACAUCCAUCCAUUCAACUAUAUAGACAACUUUGGGGAGUAACGACAAUGGAAGAGUAGAAAUUGUAAUGCAUCUUGUUGGGAUCUUCCCUUUGUUUUGGAGCAAAGUCUAGAACCCAUUCAGAGCCCCGGAAACAGCACCCCUCGAUUGGAGUUGAUGUAAUGUGGGUCUGAACCCAAGCCGCUGCUCCUUUGUUCCGGAGCAAAGUCUAGAACCCUUUCGGAGGCCUGAAAGAAGCAUCCUUUCCUUUCAAACAUAUGGACAACUGGGGAGAAACUACAAGGGAAGAGUAGACGUAAAUUAUAAUGAAUCUUGUUGGGAUCUUCUCCUUUGUUCCGGAGCCAAGUCUAGAACCCAUUCAGAGCCCCAGAAGCAGCGUCCCUUCCUUUGGAAUUGAUGUCUUGUAGGUCCGGAGCCAAACCGCUCUUCCCAAGCAAAGUCUAGAACCCGUUCAGAGUCCCAGAAGCAGUGCCACUUUCCUUGGAAUUGAUAGGCAACUACAGGAAUAGCCCCAAUUUGUAAUACAUCUUUCUGGGAUCUUCCCCUUUGCUCUGGAGCAAAAUCUAGAACUCGUUCAGAGACCUGGUAGAAGCAUUCCUCUUUGGAAUUGAUGUGAAGUCUAGAACUCUUUCGAAGCUCAGAAAGCAGCCAUCUAAUCAAAUUUAUGGACAACUCUGCGGAGAAACUACGUACAUCUUGUUGGGAUGUUCUCCUUUGUUCUGGAGCAAAGUCUAGAACUCUUUCGGAGGCCUGAAAGAAGCAUCCUUUCCUUUCAAACUUAUGGACAAGAAGCUUCCUUUCCUUUCAAACUUAUGGACAACUCUGGGGAGAAACUACAAGGGAAGAAGAGAAGUAAAUUAUAAUGCAUCUUGUUGGGAUCUUCUCUUUUGUUCUGGAGCAAAGUCUAGAACCCUUUCGGAGGCCUGAAAGAAGCAUCCUUUCCUUUCAAACAUAUGGACAACUGGGGAGAAACUACAAGGGAAGAGUAGACGUAAAUUAUAAUGAAUCUUGUUGGGAUCUUCUUUGUUCCGGAGGGAAGAGUAGAACCAAAUUGUAAUUCAUCUUGUUGGGAUCUUCUCUUUUGUUCCGGAGCAAAGUCUAGAACCCUUUUGGAGGCCUGAAAGAAGCAUCCUUUCCUUUCAAACUUAUGGACAACUCUGGGGAGAAACUACAAGGGAAGAAUAGAAGUAAAUUAUAAUGCAUCUUGUUGGGAUCUUCUCCUUUGUCCUGGAGGGAAGAGUAGAACCAAAUUGUAAUUCAUCUUGUUGGGAUCUUCUCUUAUGUUCCGGAGCAAAGUCUAGAACCCUGAAAGCAGCAUCCCUUCCUUUCAAACUUAUGGACAACUUUGGGGAACUAAAGAGCAGCCCCAAAAGUACAUGUCAAUCCAUCUUUUGGGAAAUCUUCUCCUUUGUUCCGGUGCAAAGUCGAGAACCCAUUCAGAGACCCCGGAAGCAACAUCUAUCCAUUCGAAUGUAUCGACAACAAGGGAAGAGUAGAGGUAAAUUGCAAUGUAUCUUGUUGGGAUCUUCCCCUUUCUUCUGGAGCAAAACAUCCUUUCCUUUUUUGAAUGUAUGAACAGCUUUGUGGAGAAACUACAAUGGACGAGAAGGCAAAUAUAAUGUAAACAAUGGAAAGGUUUGCAUUCUAUGGGCAAAGACGAGGGCGAUAAUGAGAUAUUAAUGCAACUCUUUUCAGGUUCGAUCGCAUUGGGAAACGUAAUGUGCAUAACUACUGGAAUCCUAGGAAUAUAUAUGAAUAAAUUUCCCUCUUGUGCCUUUUCCCCUCCACUGAUUUAUAGCUUCACAUCCUCUAUGACAUCAAAUCACAUCAUGACUUUCUUUUUGCUGUUCAAGCCGAUAUUUGGCCUGGUUUGAUUUUGUUGUUUUGCUCUCGCCAUUUGAUUUGCGUGCGCUUUUAAUUUAUUGUUGGGGAAACGAUUGUUGCGGUCCUUUUAAAAUACCAAAGGUUGAGCUUUGUUUUGAUUUUUUUUCCGACAUUAAUAAAUACAUUUCUCUCAAAUCGA